ACCCAGAGGCUGUAGACUUGCUCCUUUCACAGCUGCAGGGCUCGUUACAGUGUAUCAGAUUGUCUCCUCCUCUCUGCACCUGGGUCACAUUACCUUAAUGGUUUUGGGGCUUGUGGAUCUGAUGGGAUCUUUGUGAUCUCUUUAUAUGUCGUAGAUUCGGACACGGUUGUUCCCGGUCAUCAGGAGCCAUAACCACGGACUGCGCCUGGUGAUCUCCCCGGGGAAAAUCGUUGCGGCUGUCACCAAAAAUCCUGCAGGACGCUGUAGACUGUGAUGUGACAUCUAAGCACCACGUGACCUGUCAGCCUGGGGGCAGGGGGCGGGGCGACCAGUUGCCUUCUGUAUACAAAUAAAGGUGGCAGCCAAUCAGGAGGCAGCGCUCAUGAAUAUGUAUGAGGCUCUGGCAUAACAGGCGGCGGCGGCCGCGGAGCGAGAGAUUAGACAGAGGAGCCGGAGAGCGGAGCCCGGAGAUACCCGGGAGCAGCAUGAGCCUAGUCUUCUCCAGCCUCCCCCCGACACACGACAGGCAGCCCGGCAUGGUCCAGGAGCUCAGUAUGGACGUCCUCACCUACAACCUCAUCGACUCCUGCAGCAUCAAGAAGGAGGACGAUGAUCUCGGGAAGUUCGUGGACUUGGACUUCAUUCUGGCGCACACGACGGCCAACAACCCGGGCGGGGGCCACACUUACCCCCUGCCUGAGACCCCCGAGAGCUGCAGCACCACGUACGACAGUGACGGCUCCUACCCCCCGGGGCAGAAGUACGGCAGCCCCCAGCACAGCUAUGUGGCCGAGCUGCUGACCCCCGACCUGCCCUGCAUGGACACCCCACCCGACUACAGCCUGAAGCCCCCCAUGUCCUGCGGGAGGAAAUACACGGAGCUGCGGGGCACCGGGAUGGAGACCCCCGGGCCCCUGUCCAUGGAGCAGAUCCAACAUCUGGGCCAUAAGAUAAAGAAGGAGCGGCCCGAGCAGUCGUGUAUGCUGAGCAUCCCGACCCCGACUACACCCGACUGCAUGGCCGGACCCCUCCUGGAACACAAACCCGGCACCAUCAUGCACCUGGGGGGCACUGCCUACAGGAUCAGUCCGGGGGGCACAGCCGAGGAGAUUACCCUGAAUGACUGUCACUUGCUGGGUGCUGAGCUGCAUUGCCUGCCCAUCCAGUACCAGCCCUACCCCCCUGCCUUCCAGGGCCAGGCCCCCCCACAGUUCCAUGGACACUUCGGGGUGUACAGGGACCCUAUGAAGGUGCACCCGGCCAUGCAUGGCAUGAUGGUCACCCCACCCUCCUCUCCUCUGCUGGAAUACUACCCAGGCAUGAACCCCCCAGACGAGUGCAAGCCAAAGAGAGGGCGCCGCUCAUGGGCCAGAAAGAGAACUGCAACCCACAACUGCGAGUACCCGGGCUGCGGCAAAACCUACACGAAGAGCUCCCACCUGAAGGCGCACAUGAGGACGCACACAGGUGAGAAGCCUUAUCACUGCAACUGGGAAGGCUGCGGCUGGAAAUUCGCCCGAUCCGAUGAACUUACUCGCCAUUUCCGCAAACACACUGGCCACAGACCCUUUCAGUGCCACCUGUGUGAGAGGGCAUUCUCCCGCUCCGACCACCUGGCCCUGCACAUGAAGAGACACAUGUGAGACCCCCGGGGGGCCGUGUAUAUGUCUGUACAGAGAGCCACAUCUAAUAUAUAGAUUAUUUAAAGAGUCGGAAUCCAGGGACGAUCGGACGAUUCUCUGCAGUUUGUACAAUAUUUGUAAAAAUUCAGCUUCUUGCAUUUUUGUAAGGUGAAUUGAAGUUUUAUUUUGCUGAUCUGGAAUUUCAGCUACUUUUUAUGCUCUUCAUUAUACUGUAAGAGUCUAGAAAGGAGGGGGGAGGGGGGGACUCCAGAAGUGCUGGGGUUAAAUUUUAUUUUAUUAAACCGAAGUAUUGGGAAAACUUUGCUCUUAAAGUGCGAUUACUGCCGGUCACCAGCUGCAGCGCCGUCUACUGGCCGAUGGCGGCACUGCAGGACCCUGUACAUAGCAUUUAUGGCCACCGAUCAUCAGGACACUUUGGCUCCAGGUUUCUUUUGUACUUUUGUUCUUUUUGUACAUUCCAUGUGAUGUCUUGUUGCUUUCCCUUUGUACAUUCCAUGUGAUGUCUUGUUGCUUUCCCUUUGUACAUUCCAUGUGAUGUCUUGUUGCUUUCCCUUUGUACAUUCCAUGUGAUGUCUUGUUGCUUUCCCUUUGGAGGGACCAGGUACUGUCCGCACUGAUGCAUCAUGUACAUAUCUGUACAAUAAAAUCCACAUUU